CCUGAAAUCCAGCUUCUGCAUCUUCUCACCCCAUUUCUUUGGGGCUGUUUUGACUGAAAGGAGUGGGAAUUUGGGAGGCUUUCCUCUUCUGACUGGUUCUUUUUCAAGGCAGCUGGUGAAGGCAAACAGAAGGCAUGACACCCUCUUCAGAGAAAGAUAUCAAUGGGCUAGGUAACCCCAGCUUUGAGGGUAAACAUAGGAGCCACUGCCAUUUCUCACCAGCUCAUGCUGCCUGGGGCCCAGAGGAGGGUGGAGGCACUAGCCACAGUGGGACCAAGCUUGGCUACACUGUCACAGAUGUGCCUCCCUGGUAUCUGUGCAUCCUGCUGGGCAUUCAGCACUUCUUGACUGCCAUAGGAGGUCUUGUAGCCGUCCCACUGAUGCUCUCCAAAGGCCUUUGCCUCCAGCAUGACCUACUGACCCAGAGCCACCUGAUCAGCACCAUCAUCUUUGUCUCAGGAAUUUGCACCCUGCUGCAAGUCCUCUUUGGAGUGAGGCUGCCUAUUAUUCAAGGAGGGACUUUAACAUUCCUGACCCCCACCUUGGCAAUGCUGUCUCUCCCCAAUUGGAAGUGCCCUGCCUGGACAAACAAUGCCACCUUGGUGAAUGCCUCUUCACCAGAAUUCAUCCAAAUCUGGCAGACACGGAUGCGAGAGGUGCAAGGAACUAUCAUUGUAACUUCUUGUUUUCAAAUCUUCGUUGGAUUUUCUGGCCUGAUUGGAUUUCUGAUGAGGUUCAUUGGCCCUCUGACAAUUGCCCCCACUAUCACCUUGGUUGGACUACCUCUGUUUGAGUCAGCUGGAGAUAUGGCUGGGCAGCACUGGGGCAUAGCAUUCCUGACUACUUUUUUCAUAGUUCUGUUCUCUCAGUACUUGAAACACAUUGCUGUGCCGCUGCCAUCUUACCAGAGAGGCAAGAAGCCCCACUCCUCUCCAGUCUACCUCUUCCAGAUCUUCCCGGUGCUGCUGGGGCUGUCGCUGAGCUGGCUGCUGUGCUACGUGCUGACAGUGACCGGCGUCCUCCCUGCGGCCCCCAGUGCCUACGGCCACCUGGCCCGGACAGACAGCCGCGGGGACGUUCUGUCACGGGCUCCCUGGUUCCGCCUGCCUUACCCAGGUCAGUGGGGAAUGCCAACGGUGAGCCUGGCCGGGAUCUUUGGCAUCCUGGCCGGGGUGAUUUCCUCCAUGCUGGAGUCGGUGGGGGAUUACUACGCCUGUGCCCGCCUGUGCGGGGCCCCGCCGCCGCCGGAGCACGCCAUCAGCCGCGGCAUCGGCGUGGAGGGCAUCGGCUGCCUGCUGGCCGGGGCCUGGGGCACGGGCAGCGGCACCACGUCCUACAGCGAGAAUGUGGGAGUCCUGGGCAUCACCAAGGUGGGGAGCCGAGUGGUGAUCAUUGCUGGUGCCUGUGCCAUGCUCCUGAGCGGCAUCUUGGGGAAGGUUGGGGCCAUGCUGGCCAGCAUUCCCAUCCCUGUGAUUGGAGGCAUGUUCCUCGUGAUGUUCGGUGUUAUCGUGGCAGUGGGCAUUUCCAGUUUGCAGUAUACAGAUAUGAACUCCUCAAGAAACAUCUUUAUCUUUGGAUUUUCUCUAUUUGCUGGCCUCACAAUUCCCAACUGGGCAAGCAAAAAUAGUGCUCUGCUGAAAACAGGGAUCAUCCAGCUUGACCAAGUGAUCCUGGUGCUUCUCACCACUGGCAUGUUUGUGGGUGGAUUUCUGGCAUUUAUCCUGGAUAACACCAUUCCAGGAACACAGGAGGAGCGGGGGCUCCUGGCAUGGAAGCAAAGCCACAAGGGAGGGAUGGAGAGCUCUCAGCUCAUCUCCAAGGUCUAUGAUCUUCCCUUUGGCAUAGGCACCAGAUACUGCAAUGUCUCCUGGUUUCGCUAUCUCCCUGCUUGCCCCAGAAAACUGUCUUGUGACAAGAGAAUGGAUGAACUGAAGGCUGCUAGGCAGAAAACCAGUGUUGAAACAAGCUUAGAAAGGAACUCUGAGGUUGGUGCUGAUACACCAAUCAGCACCAAUUGGGGCUGAUACAAAGAUAUAAACACUUUGCCUGCAAAUGAACUCAUCCUAGAAACAGGGGUCUGAAAGUGUGUCUGCAGCCCCCAUCGUCUGAGCAUGAGCUGGCAGCUGUUAGAGGGGGGAGCAGGAAAAGGAUAAUGUCUUCUUCUUCCCAGCUCUGCUGACUGCACCACUGAUAGCCUUGAAGAAGUAAUUUUUUCCUUCUCUCUCCCUGCCUGCUCACUUGUAGGAAGAACCUGAUCCCUCCUCAGGGAACACCAAAGCCCAAGAAAUGCCUAGGAAAGGUUUUCUGUUUCCUUCUUGCACUGACCCUUGGGCACCCUAAGGGGCAGCUGCUCAGUUCAAGCAGGAGGGCUUCUUGUCCCCUGAUGUGGCAGCUGAAGGAGCUUCCCUGACAUGGGCCCUGCACCUCUCUCAGGCAUCCCUUGGGUUGGGUUAAUCCCCAGCACCUUAAAGCAACACCCACCUCUCACCUUGUGUUUUAUACCUCAUCGUGGCCAAGGGGAAGGAGCGGGUGCCUCUAGGUCAUGAUUCAUCUCAUUCCAAAUUCCCAUCAUUUAGCCAGUCAAAUGAAUGUUGUUGUAAGAGAGGCAUCUAAAGUUAAUGGGAUGGAUUGUCUUCUGAAUCUGUCUCUUCUGCCUCAGACCACAGAGGGACUCUAGGGACCUUAGUUAGGUUCUUAACCUAACAGAAUAAACCAGCCUUAC